AUGGGUUCCAUUGCAACACCAGAAGAGACUCGCUCCAUCAUAAACAUUAUUGAAGAUGAUGCUGCGAGUGACCCUAACCGCCCCUUCAUCUUUGUACCCCGAUCAACACAACCUCAAGAUGGGUGGGAGCCAGUCACAUAUAAGCAGUUAACAAACGCUGUCAAUCAUGUUGCUCAUAUUAUUACAAAAAUGGUCUCCAACGACAUCCAAAAAGACCACUUCCCGACAAUUGGCUACAUCGGACCCAAUGAUGUGAGAUAUAUCAUCCUCAUGCUGGCCUGUAUGAAGGCAAAAUGUCAAGUCUUUUUCCCAUCUCCUCGAAACACCAUUGAGGGCCAGCUCUCUCUCUUGCAGGCGACCAACUGCCACUACUUCUGGUAUGGAGAAGGAUACUUGCCAGUUCUUCAAAAAGUUCUUGCACAGCGACCGUUGCAAGUAUCUCUAGUUCCUAGUGCCAAGGAAUGGCUCGAGGCUAGGCCCAAUCCUUUCCCAUAUAAUUAUUCGGCCCAUGAGACUAGGUCACAUCCAUGGAUUGCUCUACAUACAAGCGGCAGCACUGGGACGCCAAAAAAAAUGUUGAUGAGCCAAGCGAAUCUCCAGCUCAUGAUCAAGCUUCGCAAUAUCCGCGAUCAGCACAAUAACUCAUCUAUAUACAGUGUUUGGGCUUCUAGAUCAACAAGGGUAUUUAAUCCUAUGCCGUUAUUCCACGGAGCGGGGUUGGGAACGAUCAUGAUGCUCGCUCUCAAUGACCGGGUGCCUUGUUCCUUGGGCGUCCCAGAGAAGCCAUUAAACGCAGAGCUUGUGAAGCAGUGCUUGUCUCAUGCUGGGGUUGAUGGAGCUAUUCUGCCUCCUUCGGUUAUUGAAGAUGUCUCAUCCACUGAAGACGGCCUAAAAGCGUUAGCAAAUCUCAACUUCCUCUCAUUUGGAGGUGGUAAUCUAUCAGGGCCGGUAGGCGACAAGCUCGUGGACAAUGGAGCAUACAUAGUCAACUUUUAUGGAUCUAGCGAAACUUUCCCUCUGGCACUACAAGAGCAGACGAAUCCCCGCCUUUGGAAGUAUAUUGUCUUCAAUCCUGAGCUCAUGGGAGCUGAGAUGAUCCCAACAGCGUGGGAUGGAGUUUAUGGGUUCAAAAUACGCCGCAGCAAGCCAGAUACUGGCCUCCAAGCUGUCUUUAACAACUUCCCAGACAAGCAAGAGUUCCUUACCGGAGACCUGUUCCAGGCUCACGAAUCCUUGCCCAACCACUUCAAGUACUAUGGGCGAGGAGAUGAUGUCAUCGUCUUCUCAAACGGAGAGAAGCUGAAUCCAGUGACCAUAGAGGACAUGGUCGUUGCUCAUCCAGCUCUUAGGCAUGUCCUGGUUGUUGGACAGCAAAAGUUCCAGCCAGCCAUCAUCUUGGACCCGAAGAGCCCCUUGAAGAGCGAUGCAGAGGCGGAAGCACUGAUUAACGAUGUCUGGCCUCUCAUUGAGCAAGCCAAUAAGCAAACAGUUGCGCACGGUCGUAUUGUUCGACAGCUGGUAGCCAUUUCAGACCCCAAUAUGCCGUUUUUGAUUGCUGGCAAAGGCACCGUGCAAAGGACCCAAACCGUCCGUUUGUACGAAGAUUACAUUGAGGGUAUCUACCUGAAAGCAGACGCUACUGUGACCGAUGUAAACCUGGAUCUCAGCAGCCAGCAAGCUUUGGCGUCAUCUAUCAAGCAGCUGCUUCAAGACAAGCUUGACGUUGAACAGCUUGAACAAGAUACGGACUUUUUUAGUCACGGAGUCGACUCAUUACAGGUCAUUACCAUGGCGAAAAUGCUGCGAGCGGGAAUUGAAAAGUCAGGGAUUGACUUCGAUCCUAACAUUGUCGCGACUCGGUCUAUCUAUGCGAACCCUUCAAUCGAGCUCCUUUCCAGAUACAUCUUCCGAUUCAUAUCCAAAUCUGGUGGAGAGAGUGGCGACUCAGCAGAGGCAGAGUUUAGUGCCCAGCAGAUUAAAGUCAUGGAAGAUAUCGUCGAAAAAUAUACCAGCAAUCUCCCGGAGCGCAAUGACGCCCGAAGAGACCCAAAUGAAAAUGAUCAAACAGUCAUUUUGACGGGCUCGACAGGCUCUUUGGGAAGCUACAUGCUAGACCAGCUCAUCAACUCACCCCGUGUAAGCAAGGUGUAUGCGCUUAACCGCGGUACUGAUGGCGGCCGGUCUCGGCAAGAGGAUAUCAGUGCGAACCGUACCCUAUCCAAAGACUUUUCCAAGGUCGAAUUUUUGGGCUCGGAUCUAUCAAAGCCAGAAUUCGGACUUGAGCCUACCAAGUAUGCUGAGAUGCUGUCUUCAGUGGAUAGAAUAGUACAUAACGCUUGGCCGGUUAACUUCAAUAUGCCAAUUGCUUCAUUUGAGCCAUUCAUCCGCGGGGUCCGCCACUUUGUUGACUUUGCUGGCGCAUCGCCCAAGAAAGUUGCUGUGGUGUUUGUAUCAAGUAUAGGUACUGCAAAUAACUGGUCCUCUAGUGAGCCUGUGCCUGAGCGGCGGCUUGAUGAUCCAUCAUUGGCAGAAAUGGGAUAUGGAUUGUCGAAACUCGCAGGCAGCUUCAUCCUGGAUGCCGCGGCGGCAAAGUCAGGACUGGCCACUGUGUCUGUGCGUGUAGGACAGAUAGCAGGACCAGCUGCCGGAGAGGGUGUAUGGAAUCCGCAAGAGUUUGUACCAAGCUUGAUUGCUAGUUCAGUACACCUUGGAGUCCUUCCAAGUACUCUUGGUCCAUUCCAAAACGCCGAUUGGGUCCCGGCAGAAGAUGUAUCUGGAAUCAUCCUCGAUGUGGCUGGAAUAUCAAAUUCAGCUCCCAUUGCCGAAAUUAAUGGCUACUUCCACGUGCAGAACCCGGCAAAGGUGCAGUGGUCAGAAAUAGCCAACUCCCUCAAAGAGUUUUAUGGUGGACGCAUCAGAGAACUUUCAAGCUUUGGAGAUUGGGUGUCGAUCUUGGAAGCUAGCGCUGUUGCCGAACAAAAUUUGGAUAAAAACCCUGCCGUCAAACUUCUCGACACCUAUCGCGCAUUUAGAGAAAAGGAGAAAGCCGGAGAGAAACCUGUUGUUUUUGACAUGACGAGAACUAUCUCCAAAAGCACAACUGCCGCGGCAUUGAAGCCUAUAGGUGCAGAUAUAUUGAGAAGGUGGUGCACUUCUUGGAACUUUUAA